AUGAUGGGCUCAGUGCUCCCCGCGGAAGCCCUGGUGCUGAAGAGCGGCCUGAAGCCGCCGGGUCUGUCCCUGGCCGAGAUGAUCACGUCCGACAUCCUGCACAGCUUCCUGUACGGCCGCUGGAGGAACGUCCUGGGGGAGCAGCUGUUCGAGGAGAAGAGCAACCCCAAGACCGCCUUCACCGCCGAGGUGCUGGCGCAGUCCUUCUCCGGAGAGGUCCAGAAGCUCUCCAGCCUGGUGCUGCCCUCAGAGGUCAUCAUCGCCCAGAGCUCCAUCCCCGGGGAAGGGCUGGGAAUCUUCUCCAAGACCUGGAUCAAGGCUGGGACCGAGAUGGGGCCGUUCACCGGCAGAGUCAUCUCCCCGGAGCACGUGGACCUGUGCAAGAACAACAACCUGAUGUGGGAGGUCUUCAAUGAAGAUGGCACAGUGCGGUAUUUUAUUGAUGCCAGUCAGGAGGAUCACCGCAGCUGGAUGACUUACAUCAAAUGUGCCCGGAACGAGCAGGAACAGAACCUGGAAGUGGUUCAGAUCGGGAACAGUAUCUUCUACAAGGCCAUUGAGACAAUCCCUCCGGACCAGGAGCUGCUGGUGUGGUACGGCAAUUCUCAGAACACCUUCCUCGGUAUCCCCGGUGUGCCCGGAAUUGAGGAGGAGCAGAAGAAGAACAAACAUGAUGAUUUCAGCGGUGGAGAUCUCUCCGGACCGGUGCUCAGUGGCCGCAUGCGCUGCGUCAUCUGCCACAGAGGCUUUAACUCCCGCAGCAACCUGCGCUCCCACAUGAGGAUCCACACCCUGGACAAACCCUUCGUGUGUCGCUUCUGCAACCGUCGCUUUAGCCAGUCUUCCACCCUGCGCAACCACGUCCGACUGCACACCGGCGAACGCCCGUAUAAAUGCCAGGUCUGCCAGAGCGCCUACUCGCAGCUGGCCGGCCUGCGCGCCCACCAGAAAAGUGCCAGGCACCGCCCGCCAAAUGGCUCCAUGCAGGCUCACUCACCCACCAUGCCGGUGCCACACCCCGCCUCCCUGGCACACCACAUCCCCACCAUGGUGUUGUGA